AAAGACUUUAAAAUUUUAAUAAAAAAAGUGAAAUGAAAAUGGAAAUUUUGGCAGUUCAAAAUGAAUUCAUGCACGUCAUGCCAUCAAAAUCUAAAGAUGGCAGCAAUACAUUAAGAUGGACAGCACCAAAUGUAAUAGGAAAGAAGUCACAACCAAUUGCAUCACCAAAACGUCAUCACAGUCAUAGUAAUCAGAAAGAGGAAGUAGGAAUGGCAGCAAUUGAGCAAUUAUGGGAAGAUGAAGACAGUUUCUUAACAACAUUGCCACAUUGGAAUGAAGCUGAGAUUGAACAUGUUAGGAAUGUCCUUAUGGCAACAUUAAGAGAUGCAAAGCAGAGGCAUUUAGCAUGUACUGAAGUUCUACUUCCAUGUGAUAUGCUUGAAAGAAUUGCAAUAGACAUGUUAGCAGCAUCAGAUGAGGAAGCUUGUGGCAUUCGUGGUGCAAAUAUUCGUAUAGAAUUUGAUAAUGGUGAUGGAAGUGGAAGUAAUGAGAUUGCAACAUGCAAUACUGAUCUCAAUACAGUUGCAACAUUUGAAUUGCGAUUGACAUUAAAGCAGGAACAUAGCCGUAGUAAGUGGAUCUCAGCAAUUAUGCCACAAUUCAUACGCAAUCUUACACGUGCCAGUACAAUUGUUAUAAGUCGUGACUAUACACUUAGCAAGCACAAAUUGAAUUAUUCAUUUGCUGAGUAAAAAAUGGACAUCAUCAUCAUCAUGUCUAGUCACCAACCAACCCUGGACCAGCCUUGCUAGCUAUGACCCAUCCCACCACUAAGUACACUCUGUCGUCUCUCGACUUGUGAUGAUUUUUUAUAUAAUUGUUGGAUUUCCUGUGUGUAUGUCAAGUAAUUCUCGUUGUCGUAGUCCUUUCUAAUUACUUUAAAUAAUUAAUUUUAAUUUUUUACAUUUGAAAAAUAUUUUUGCAUUUUUAAAAACUACUUUAAAGUUAAAAAAUCAAGUCCAACUUGUGGACAAUUGUGAGGCAAGAAAUUCAAAAAAUGAAAAAUGAAAAAAAAUGUGAGAAGAUGAAAAUUUAAAAAAUCAAUUAAUCGUGAUAUGAAAAAAGUUCAAAUUUCUUAAGAAUUGUAAUUUUAAGUAGGAUUUUCCAAUUUCUUUCCCUCCACAAAAAACAAACCACAACUUUUCUAUCUUCUCAGACUCCCAAAACCCAACACAACAAAUAACUCUUUUUUGAUAAAUUAUCAUGCAGUAGAAAUUUCAAUAACUUUUGGGUGCUUGUUGCUGGAUAUGAGGUGGAUUUUUGGUAGUUUUUUGACUUUUGGGAUAUUUUAUCUACUUUUGAGCGUCCUUAGCUGUUUUAAGGCUUUUAAGAUUACGCAUGUCCUAUUGCGUGAUACUUAAAGUAGCUUAAGGGAUACUAAACUACAUCAAAGGGUACUAAACUACAUGUUAGCUACUCACAAAGUACCAAGCUUCAUUUUAUGGGCACUUAACAACCUAA